CCUAUUCUCAUCCUUUCCACUCUUCCAUUCCAUUCCUUCCCUGCUCUCGCUUCUCUUCUGAAUACUUCACACUGGGCUCCUGUCUGAAGUUUUUCCGCUCGCGCAUCUUUUUCUCGCUUUUUUCACCAUCCUUUCCUCUUUCUCUGGAAGCUAAUAAGAGACACUGGCUCUGAUUAAGCAACUGUUCAAGACCCGGGGUGAUGGAGAGCACCCCUGCAAGGGGUGGACUGAAUCGAGUACACCUACAAUGCAGGAAUCUACAGGAAUUCUUAGGGGGCUUGAGCCCUGGGGUAUUGGACCGAUUGUAUGGGCAUCCUGCCACAUGUCUGGCUGUCUUUAGGGAGCUCCCAUCUUUAGCUAAAAACUGGGUGAUGCGGAUGCUCUUUCUGGAGCAGCCUUUGCCACAAGCUGCUGUAGCCCUGUGGGUGAAGAAGGAAUUCAGCAAGGCUCAGGAAGAAAGUACAGGGCUGCUGAGUGGCCUCCGCAUCUGGCACACCCAGCUGCUCCCUGGUGGCCUUCAGGGCUUUAUUCUCAACCCCAUCUUUCGCCAGAAUCUUCGCAUUGCCCUUCUGGGUGGGGGGAAGGCCUGGUCUGAUGACACAAGUCAACUGGGACCGGACAAGCAUGCCCGGGAUGUUCCCUCACUUGACAAGUACGCUGAGGAGCGAUGGGAGGUGGUCUUACACUUCAUGGUGGGCUCUCCCAGUGCAGCUGUCAGCCAGGAUUUGGCUCAGCUCCUCAGCCAGGCUGGGCUCAUGAAGAGUACUGAACCUGGAGAGCCGCCCUGCAUUACCUCUGCUGGCUUCCAAUUCCUCUUGUUGGACACACCUGCCCAACUCUGGUACUUUAUGUUACAGUAUCUGCAGACAGCCCAGAGCCGGGGUAUGGACCUAGUGGAGAUUCUCUCCUUCCUCUUUCAGCUCAGCUUCUCUACUCUGGGCAAGGAUUACUCUGUGGAGGGUAUGAGUGAUUCUCUGUUGAAUUUCCUGCAACAUCUGCGAGAGUUUGGACUUGUUUUCCAGAGGAAGAGGAAAUCUCGACGUUACUAUCCCACACGCCUGGCCAUCAAUCUCUCAUCAGGUGUCUCUGGGGCUGGGGGCACUGUGCAUCAGCCAGGCUUCAUUGUCGUGGAAACCAACUACCGACUAUAUGCCUACACGGAGUCGGAGCUGCAGAUUGCCCUCAUUGCCCUCUUCUCUGAGAUGCUCUAUCGCUUCCCCAACAUGGUUGUGGCACAGGUGACCCGGGAGAGUGUGCAGCAGGCCAUUGCCAGUGGCAUCACAGCCCAGCAGAUAAUCCAUUUCCUAAGGACAAGGGCUCACCCAGUGAUGCUCAAACAGACCCCUGUGUUGCCCCCUACCAUCACUGACCAGAUUCGUCUGUGGGAGCUAGAAAGGGACAGACUACGGUUCACUGAGGGUGUCCUGUAUAACCAGUUCCUGUCGCAAGUGGACUUUGAGCUGCUGCUGGCACACGCACGGGAGCUGGGCGUGCUUGUGUUCGAGAACUCGGCUAAACGACUCAUGGUGGUGACCCCCGCCGGGCACAGUGACGUGAAGCGCUUCUGGAAGCGGCAGAAGCACAGCUCCUGAAAGAGCUUAAUCCACCAUGGACCUGGGCGGGCGGGACCGGGCUGGGCGGGCAAGACGGCCGUGUGACGGAGGGCGCGGCCUCACAACUCAGGUGCUUUUUUAUUUACACGCCAGGGCUUAUCUUGUUUAAUAAAAUUAUGGAAAUGA